GUUUUGGAGCGUGAUUUCCCCCCACAGUUACAACUUAUCAUGGAAUGACGGUGAUGACAUUGUAGGAUUACGAAAUUCAAAUCUAAUCUAAAUCAGCAUCUCUCUGAAAGAAGUGGAAGUCAAAACUGGUUGGAACUUAGUUAUUUUUCAACAUUAAUUUCAGACCCUUUUUUAAAAUCAAAAUGUCUCAGUUGGCAGAUAUUGGUAUGAUUGGAUUAGCUGUAAUGGGACAAAAUCUGAUCCUUAAUAUGAAUGACCAUGGCUUUGUUGUUUGUGUUUACAAUCGUACUACAGAUAAAGUUGAUAGUUUUCUCAAUAAUGAGGCAAAAGGGACAAAAGUCAUAGGUGCACAUUCGAUUGAUGAAUUAGUUUCAAAACUAAAAACUCCAAAACGAAUAAUGAUGCUUGUUAAAGCUGGACCAGCUGUAGAUGCUUUUAUAGAAGCACUUCUUCCUCAUCUCUCUCCAGGUGACAUUAUUAUAGAUGGUGGAAAUUCUGAAUAUAAAGAUACAGAUAGACGCAUUGCUAGAGUUUCUGAGGCAGGAGUGUGUUUUGUCGGGACUGGUGUUAGUGGAGGGGAAGAAGGUGCUAGAACUGGACCAAGUCUUAUGCCAGGUGGAGAACCAGCUGCUUGGCCUCACAUUCGACCUAUUUUUACUUCUAUCUGUGCUUUUGCGGAUGGUGACCCUUGCUGUGAUUGGGUUGGUACUGGUGGCUCUGGUCACUUUGUUAAAAUGGUUCAUAAUGGAAUAGAAUAUGGUGACAUGCAGAUAAUAUGCGAGGCAUAUCAUCUCAUGAAAGAUGCUCUUCACCUAUCUAAUUUGGAAAUGUCUCAGGUCUUAGAUGAAUGGAAUAAAGCGGAACUUAAUUCCUUCCUAAUCGAAAUUACCAGAGAUAUUCUCAAGUUUAAGGAUUCAGAUGGACAGUACCUUUUGGAGAAAAUCCGUGAUACUGCUGGGCAAAAAGGAACAGGAAAGUGGACUGCCAUUGCAGCUCUUGAAUUUGGUGUACCUGUAACUCUUAUUGCAGAAAGUGUGUUUUCAAGGUGUUUAUCAAGCAUGAUUGGAGAAAGAGCUAUUGCAAGUGAAAAAUUAUCAAAUGAUAAGAAACCGAGUUAUUCUGGAGAUAAAAAGGAAUUUAUUGAAUUCAUCCGUCAGGCUGUUUAUGCUUCAAAGAUUGUGUCUUAUGCUCAAGGUUUUAUGCUGAUGCGUGAGGCUGCUAAAAAUUAUGGUUGGGAAUUAAAUUAUGGAUCAGUAGCCUUAAUGUGGCGUGGUGGAUGUAUUAUUCGAAGCUCUUUUUUGGGUGAAAUAAGAAAUGCUUUUAUUGCUGAACCUAAUCUAAGCAAUCUUUUGGUUUCUGAUUGGUUUGCUAAAGAAAUCUCAAAGUGUUCGAAUGGAUGGAGACAAACAGUUGCACAGGCAGCUCUCCUUGGCAUUCCUACUCCUGCAUUUUCAUCAGCUUUAUCAUUUUAUGAUGGAAUGAGAUCUUCAAGGCUUCCAGCUAAUCUCAUUCAGGCUCAAAGGGACUAUUUUGGAGCACAUACAUAUGAGUUACUAAGCCAACCUGGCAAGUUCAUUCAUACAAAUUGGACAGGCCAUGGAGGAAAUGUCUCGGCAUCAACCUAUGAAGCUUGAUUCUUUCCACUGUAAAAGAUUAAUAGCUAAAUGUUGCUGAUGAAAGAACCGGAAUCAAUUGACCAAUCAUUUUUAUUAUUAAGUUUUAUUCAAAAUUAAAAUAGAGUAGUUUAUAUUGUUACACAGAAAAGUAUUCAAUGAUGGCUUUGAUAUCCAAUAGUUAGACUCUGUCAGAAUCAGAUAAGCCUUUAGUGUUGUUACUUUAUUCAGUUUUGAAUACUUAUGAUUGCUUGCACUAAAUACUGAUAACACACAGUAGUGGCUACUCAUUAUUUUUUGUUUUUAUACAGAAACCUUUCUGAUGUUGCAAUAUUAUUUGGUUGAUUUGUAACGUUAGGAAACUGAUUAUUAUUUUAAAUACUUUUUUUUUUUGACAAUAUCAACAUUCCUAAUUGAUUCCAAUAAAUAUUAAAAAAAAAAUAUAUUUUGUACUUGGGAAAUUUGUUAUUUUGAUUUUAUAUAUAUUAUUAUAAUACAUAGCUAUAUUUUUGUAUGUAUAUAUUAUAAAUAAAUAUUCUAAAUAUUUAUGUUAUCUUUAUUAAACAUUAAUAAACAUAUAAAUAUUGUAUGAAGUGGUGAAUCUUAAGUUUUUAAGGGGGAGGAGGAGAAACAAGAGAUAUUUUUUUUAAUGAAUAAAAAGAUAGCCUUAAUUAUUUUUAUUAAUUGAGUUAGCGCAUUUAAUUAUUAUAACUUGACCGCUGUUAGUAGGCCACCCUGAGGGCGAACUAAAUUGAAACUUACAUUAUGUUCUUUUUCUAAUCCUCCGAUCAUAUUUGUUAAUAUUUUGUUAUUAAUUUAAUAGAGUUAUAGAUAAAAAACAAAAUGUUAGUUUACUAUUGAUAUGUUAGGCUACUAUUAAUUGUGGUUGACAAUAGUACAUUAGUCCUGAGACAAAGAUAACUUCAAAUUGUUGGUGUUUAAUGGGUCUUCGAUAAGUUUUGGGAAAGAAAUCUGUCUCUCAUUUCCUUCUUAUUUAUCCCUUCAAUUGACCACAAUUUUUUUAGUUUUUAAGUAAAUACUGAAAUAUUAAAAAAAAAAUUACUUAAUCCAUCCUCUUCUUCUGCUAAGCAGUGUAAGACUUCUGCUUCUAGAGCCUGAUCCACAAGUCUCUAUCUUGUGCCAAUUGUUUUGUUUUUGUCCAAUCGAUACCUCUUCGGUCAAAGAAUUCCCUUAUUCCGCUCUUGCAGGUCACGUAAAAAAAAAUAUAAUUAUGGCAAUAAUUACUGAUUUUUUUUUUUUUACCUUUUUUUGAAAAUUCUAGUUCAAGAGAGUUUCUACAUUAUUAGGUUGAGAAUAUAUUUGUAAAUACUAUUGACAUCAAUUAUUUCAGAAAAAUUGAGUGAGGCCACUCUACUGCAGUCAGCUUUUGGAGGAGCCCUAGUGAAGGCCUGAACUUCAGGUUGAAACGUCGGCAAAUGUUAAAAUAAAUAUUAUUAUUUAUUUUGCCUUCUUAUUUCUGACUGAUUACCCCAACUAUCCUUCUCUUCAUUAUUCACGACAGUGAACCAUCAACCCACAAUUAUAAUACAAUUUUAAUUUUAUACAAUUAAAAACAUUAAUUUUAUAAUUUACAUAUAAGAAACCAUUGUUCUUCUGCUAAUUGUAUCUAAUCUAGUAUUUUUGUUUUACAUUU